GUGACCCUGUUCGAGCAGAGGAACUUUGCGGGCCGGAGACUGGACCUGAGUUCGGACUGUGCCAGACUCAGUGACAAGAACUUCCCAGAGAGAUGCAACUCUGUGCAGGUGGAGAGCGGAGCGUGGAUCGGUUAUGAGCAUGAGAACUUCAGGGGCCGUCAGUACCUGUGGGACAUGUCGGACCGAGGAGAGUACAACUGCUACGACAAGUGGUGCGCUCAGGUGGACCACGUGUCCUCGGUCCGCUCCGUCAAACAGGACAACAACCCGGCCCGAGCUCAGCUGUUCGAGCGAGCCGGUUACUCCGGGAAGAAGAUGGAGAUCCAGGACGACAUCCCCAACCUGAUGAGCCGCUACAGCCUCAACAGAGUCGCCUCCAUCCGGGUCCUCGGAGGAGCGUGGGUGGUGUACCAGGAGCCAAACUACAGGGGGCCUCACUACAUUCUGGAGAAACGUGACUACAACAACUUCUCUGACUGGGGCAGCCAGAACAACACGGUGGGCUCCAUGCGCCGCGUCCGCUUCAACUGAGCAUCUUCAUCAGUUUCAUCUCUGCCACCAGCUUCACCAUCAUCAUCACCAUCUUCAUCAUCACCAGCAUCAUCAUCUUCAUCACCAGCAGCAGCAUCAUCGUCCCUGUGGCUGCUGUGAACACGACUCCUCCUCCAUCACACACUUCUUGACCUCUGUCAGCUUUACACACAAUAAAACAUAUUU